CCCAUAACGCAACGUCCAAAACACAAGGUACAGUAGAAGCUCGAGUGACAGAUGCGCGAGACCCUCGAGGGGCUUGUUUGGAGAAGAAUAUUGAGUUUUAGAUGUGUUAAGUGAGCUCCCGGAGUGUCGUUGUGCAUCGCGGUGCUAUUUAAAGGUGUUAGGAUUUGUUUAUAUUAGCUGGUAGCCUUCAGCGGCGUCAAACCUGGUAUCAAACAACAGUAAAGUCGUUAUAAUGUGAAAUGCAUAAUAUUUAUAGCAUUGAGACUACAUCACUAAGAUGUUUCGGAAUCUGACUCACCGGAAGUGAUGGUUUUAUGAUUAUUAUUACUAUUAUUAUUAUCUCCAAUUAUUAUCAUGGAGGCUAUCUUUAGUAAAAUGUGGCAUGAAGUCGAAUUCCCCUCGGUGUCUUUCGUGUUCUUCUCUCUUUUCAUCAUUAUUGUUUUCUAUCUGCUGCGGCAGAAUCGACUAAGUAAACACUUGUUUGUAAACAUCCCCCCGGGUCCAAAACCACUUCCGGUUGUCGGGAACUUUGGCAGCUUGUUCGUGCCGCCGUUUAUUCUGAAGCUGUUCGUGUGGAAAACUGAGGAGUAUGACAAGAAGAAAGCAAGCCCUAUUUCCCCGCAGGUCGGUUUAACGGAUUUGUCGAAGGUUUACGGUAACAUUUACAGCCUGUUUGUGGGCAGUCAGCUGGUCGUGGUGCUGAACGGAUACGAGCUGGUCAGAGACGCGCUGUCCAACCACGCCGAGGUUUUCUCUGACAGACCCGACAUCCCUCUGGUCACCAUUCUGACCAAGCGGAAAGGCAUUGUGUUUGCACCAUAUGGUCCAAUGUGGAGAAAACAGCGCAAGUUCUGCCACAUGACUCUUCGAAACUUCGGCCUUGGCAAGCUGAGUCUGGAGCCCUGCAUCCACGAGGGAUUCGACAUGGUCAAGGCUGAGCUGCUGAAGCGAAACCAGGAGGCAGAAGGACAGGGAGUGGACCUGACGCCUUUGAUCAGCAAUGCCGUGUCUAACGUGAUCUCUUCCAUCAGCCUGGGUCAGCGGUUCCACCACCAGGACGAGGAGUUCCUUACGCAGCUGAACCUCAUGGCUAACGGGCUGGAGAUCAGUAUGAACAGCGCCGCAGUGCUCAUCAACAUCUUCCCCUGGCUCUACUACAUCCCCUGCGGCGUCUUCGGGCAGCUCCGUCGGGUAGAGAGGGACAUCACGGCAUUCCUGAAGAAGAUUAUAGCCAGGCACAGGGCCACACUGGAUCCGGAGAACCCCAGGGAUUUCAUUGAUAUGUAUCUGGUGGAGAUGCUGACCCAGCAAAAAUCAGGAGGAUCAGAGGAGGACGGAUUCUCUGAGGAUUACCUGUUCUACAUAAUAGGAGAUCUAUUUAUAGCAGGGACAGAUACGACCACUAAUAGCAUCCUGUGGAUGGUACUGUACAUGUGUUUGCAUCCUGAUGUCCAAGAGAAUGUCCAGCGAGAGAUCGAUGCAGUAGUGGGACGUGGAAGGCUGCCGUCGCUGACUGAUAAAGGCACGCUGCCCUACACUGAGGCCACGAUCAUGGAGGUGCAGAGAAUGUCCGUGGUGGUGCCACUGGCUAUCCCUCACAUGGCGUCCAAGACUACAGAAUUACAUGGGUACACUAUUCCUAAGGGGACAGUCAUCCUUCCCAACCUCUGGUCAGUCCAUAGAGAUCCCACUGUGUGGGAGAAUCCAGAUGACUUCAAUCCUUCACGGUUUCUGGAUGAAGAAGGCCAGCUCCUCAGGAAGGAAUAUUUUAUUCCAUUUGGAAUAGGUCGGAGAGUGUGUAUGGGAGAACAGCUGGCGAAGAUGGAGCUCUUCCUGAUGUUCACCAGCAUGAUGCAGGCUUUCACAUUUAACCUCCCCGAGGGGCAUCAGCCUCCGUCCAUGCAUGGACGCUUCGGCCUCACGCUGGCUCCCAGUCGCUUCAAAGUGUGUGUAACGCCACGCUAACCUGAAACGCAAACAUUAUCACAUCAGAAGAUCAGGACUGAUAACGGUUCCUUUCCUAGCUGAAAAUGUGUUUAAUGCUCUUUAAGACAAUGAAUCAUGCAAAAGAAGGUGAUCAAGUGAGACUGUGAAACUGUGAUUUGAGCUUCAGUUGUAAAAGAAGAGCUUUGUACCAAAUCAUUUCACUAAAUGGUGUCAGAUUAUUUCACACAAUUAUUUCACACAAAUGUAUAUUUAUACUACAAUGGUCUGUAAUUUCUCUAUUCUUUUUUUAAUGUCAGCUUUCGUUUACCUUUUGCACUUUACUGCUUUGAAAGCCUGAUCAUUUCCAAAUCAUUGUUAUAAUAUCAUAAUACUAAAAAGAAUUUAUUUACAUUUCAUACUUUUACACUUUAUAUUUUUUUAGCUUCUGCACUUACUUGUGGUCUGUGACCAAAAUGUAUUUUAGUAAUUUGAUUUAUUCAUUUCUAUAAAAUGAGGGAACAGACAAUGACAGUGCAGUAGAACAUAAUUAAUCCUUUUGAUUUCUCUUACUGAACAAUCCAAACUCUUAUCUAAAUGAAUUAAAAAAAUUUAUGGAUUUUUAUAGUGAAAAAAUAUAAUGCAAUAAUGUGUUCUGAAUGCAGAUCAUUGCACAAAUACUACAGUAUUUACAGUAUUUCAUUUGGAAUAAAAAAAGGUUUAUUUACCUUAA